AUGCGGCGCGUGCUCGGGGUCGACCGGAAGGCCUCGGGCGACGAGAUCAAGAAGGCCUAUCGCAAGCUGGCGAUGCAGUAUCAUCCGGACCGCAAUCCGGAUGACGGCGAGGCCGAGCAGCGCUUCAAGGAGGUCAACGAGGCCUACGGCGUGCUCAAGGACGACCAGUCCCGCUUCACCGGCGCGGCGCGGCGCGGCGGCGCGGCCCACGGCGCCGACCUGCGCUACAACCUCGAGAUCAGCCUGGAGGAGGCCUACAGCGGCAAGCAGGCGACCCUGCGCGUGCCGACCUCCGUGGCCUGCGAUUCCUGCGCCGGCUCGGGCGCGGAACCGGGCACCAGCCCGACCUCCUGUCCCUCCUGCGGCGGCCGCGGCCGGAUCCGCGCCCAGCAGGGCUUCUUCACCAUCGAGCGGACCUGCCCGACCUGCCACGGCCGGGGCCAGACCAUCGAGGACCCCUGCAAGGCCUGCGGCGGGCUCGGCACGGUGCAGCGCGAGAAGACGCUGCAGGUCAACAUCCCCGCCG